AUGUCGACCCUCCGUCGUGUUAGCCCUCGAGCCGUGAAAGCUUGUGUGCCUCGUCGAGAUGUCGAGAAGAAGUGGCAUAAUCUUGGGGAGUUUACCAUGACAGAAGCCGAUAAUGCGGCCUUCCGCGAUACUAGGGCCCGCGAUACGGUAGCAUUGAAUACCAUCACCAAAUAUGGUACUGCCGAGCCAGAGCCUAUCGAUUGGAAACGUUGGGAGAAGGAGAUUACCCAUACAGAACUGGUGUCUGCACUGAGGGCUUUCUACACCCAGAACAUGCAGAUGCUGGAUGACUUUGCUCAGGAGGAUCAUAGGAAGGCAGUCAAGGACGUCUGUGGCACUUGGGAGAUCUUUGAUGAGGCUGUGGUGUCUUGUGAGGAUAGUGUUAAAACAUCAGAACAGAUUGUCAAGAACGGUGCCAGAGCACUGUAUAUCAGCUUUAACAACCCUCCUAUCUCUCAUGCUAGUACCUCUGAAUGGUUGGAUGCUGAUCAGUAUUGGCAAGCCUUUGUGGAGAAGCACAUGUACCAUGCCAAUUACCUCAACGCCCUAGCUGAGGAUCCAGAGAGUGCUGAGUACAUCAAGGGUAUAGAGGAGACCACUAUGAAGCAAUGGCAUACAUGGGAUGAUCGGGGUGUUACCAACCAUAACAAUAAGUAUCUUUACCAGAGGCCUAGCUUCGAGUAUUAUGAUCUAUAUAGAGGCCCUCUAGUUGAGCAUAUGAUAUUCUACCUUACUAAGACAGGAGGGGAUGCACGUACCUUCCCAGAGCUUAUGCCUCAUCAGUGGUUUGCUGAGAUCUACAACAAUCGGUUUGAGAUGUAUUCGGUGUUACAGCGCCGUAGGAGGGCAUUCCAGGAAGCAUCAUUGAGUAGGGAAGCCCACUUGGACCUGGCACCAGCCCAUAUGGAUGCUGAGGGCGAACAGUUUUAUGAACGUUUAUUGUCGAGGGAGAGUAGCAUGGUAGAGCUAUCAGCGGCCCGUCUUAUGGGUAACUUCAUAUUCCUCAAUGAUGCCGCUAUUCCCAUCCAGACCCAGUCUGCUCUUCUACGUGUCGUACAGGAGCACCCUAAUGGGAAAUUCUAUUCUCUUGGGGAUGAUGUCAACAGUCUCUUUUACGUCCCAGCUGGAGAGGUAGUGGAUGAGGAGGUCUGCCCUGUUGAUGCCUUCAAUGCCUACAUGGACUACAUGAAGCUCACCGGUCGGAGGUUCAAUCCCGGGUACAACCAAGCCCUCAGCAUCUUCUAUCGCACUCUGGAGUCGAGGAAGCCUGGUUUGGAAGGCCGCUGGUUCCAAGUGAAGGGUGAGAGGCAGGCGGAUGCCUUCUUGAGGAGGCUCAAGGCCGAUGACCCUCAUAGACCCGUCUAUGAGGAGUAUGUUACUGAGUUGAAGGAAAGAUGGUCUAACAAGAAGGAACUAUCAGAGGCUGAAGUUAUGCCUAGGCUGCUUGAUGUGGAGUAUAAGUAUAGGAGAGAAUGCAUUGACUUUGACACGUUGGUGAUGUCGAUGAAUGAGGAGAUAAGCUCAGAGGUGAAGGAGAAGGCACCUGAGUAUGAGGAGCUCAUGGCUGAUGAUGGUAUGUCCCAUAUGAUGGCUGAUGGCUCCAUAGUGGCCAUUGAUGCAGAGUCUCAUCAGGGCUUAGCUAACCAACAACAGCUCUUUACAAGGAUGACAGAUUUCGAUGCUAGUAAGGACAAAUUCGUUGAGAACGUGAACAACACUAAGACCGGUCUCGACACCAAGAGGCAUUGA